CGAGAUGUCAAUUGAGUGUACGGAUGCCGUUUGAAGUGCCAUUACAUCCUUUCAGAGCUGCUGCACCGCUUCUGAAGCUUCCUGCAUUCUCCAGCCAAUGAGCGCACAGACGUAUUCAGCAUUGUAGUUCACACCCGAGAAACCACACCUUCCAUCGCCAACAGCUGCAACUCUCCCCUCCGCAACGAACAAUGGCAACAACACGGCCACUGAUGGCGCUGGCGCGCUCGCGGCCAGCGUCUUCGGUCAUCUUGACCUCCUCGCGUUCGCAGGGCCGCUACGCGCGACCCGUCAGCGCUGUUUUGUUCUCAACAUCUGCUCCUCGAACUGCUACUCCUGCUGGUGUCUCACCCGUUGGCUUACGAGUUAGUCGACCGCCACGCUGGGACGAGGAGCAGGAGAGCACCAUGGACAAGGCAAGCAAGUACUUUCUCCUCACCGAGAUCUUCAGAGGAAUGUACGUAGUGCUGGAGCAGUUCUUCCGUCCACCAUACACCAUCUACUAUCCCUUUGAAAAAGGCCCUAUCUCCCCACGGUUCCGUGGAGAGCAUGCCCUACGACGAUACCCGACUGGUGAGGAACGUUGCAUUGCUUGCAAGCUGUGCGAGGCAAUUUGCCCAGCCCAGGCCAUCACAAUCGAAGCCGAAGAGCGUGCAGAUGGCAGCAGGAGGACGACGAGAUAUGACAUUGACAUGACAAAGUGCAUCUACUGCGGCUUGUGCCAAGAGAGUUGCCCCGUGGACGCUAUUGUGGAGACGCCAAAUGCUGAGUAUGCGACCGAGACGAGAGAGGAACUUCUAUACAACAAAGAAAAGUUGCUAUCAAAUGGUGACAAGUGGGAGCCCGAAAUUGCUGCAGCUGCAAGAGCCGACGCUCCUUAUAGAUAAACAGGGCUUGCGUUCAAGCAUUUACUAUGUAUAUAGCAUAAACAAUCAAAGCAUUGGUCUUCUAUCG